CCCCCCCCCCUCCCCUGGUAAUCCCGGGUGUGCAUGUGUUGCACUUGCGAGCGUUCUCCCUCCCGUUGAGGCGUGCGGUGCUCAUAGAGUUGUCGUUGUGAUGCUGGGAACUUACUGGAGACAUGCCUAAGGGACGCAAUGGGCUUGAGCGACGAGAAGGAUCGCAUUGUGAUUAACGUGGGAGGUAUCAAACAUCAGACAUAUCGGGGUACCCUACGUACCCUGCCCGGUACCCGCUUAUCCUGGCUCGCCGAACCCGACGCGCCUAGCCACUUCGACUGGGAUGACAAACAUGAGGAAUUCUUCUUCGACCGCCACCCGGGUGUUUUCGCCCAUAUCCUUAAUUAUUACCGGACGGGUAAACUGCACUGCCCUGCCGAUGUCUGCGGACCACUGUAUGAGGAGGAACUGGCCUUCUGGGGCAUCGACGAGACGGACGUGGAGCCGUGUUGUUGGAUGACCUAUAGCCAGCAUCGCGAGGCGGAAGAGGCACUUGAUAGUUUCGGCGGGGGGGCCUUGCUCGACCUGACUGGUAACGAUGAUCCAGACCCGGAGAUUGCAGCCGACCAGGGGGACGGGGUUGGUGAUGAGGCUGAUGAGAUGACAAGGAGGCUGGCACAGGGGGAUUCUCCAGAUGCCAAGGCAGGGGGGGUUUGGGGCCGCUGGCAGAAACGCAUGUGGGCUCUGUUUGAAGACCCCUACUCCUCUAAAUACGCACGGUGGAUAGCCCUGGCCUCUCUGUUCUUCAUCCUCGUGUCCAUCUCCACCUUCUGUCUGGAGACCCACGAGUUCUUCAACCCCAUCGUGAACCGCACCGAGCUGGAGCUGGUGGACAACGUGACGGUGGAGCAUGUGUACCAGGAAACGGAGACGGUGGUCUAUCUCACCUAUAUCGAGGGCGUCUGCGUGGUCUGGUUUACCUUUGAGUUCAUGAUGCGAGUCAUAUUCUGUCCGGACAAGAUGGAGUUCAUGAAGAAAGCUCUCAACGUUAUCGACUUCGUGGCUAUCUUACCGUUCUACCUUGAGGUCGGGCUGAGCGGGCUGUCGUCUAAAGCAGCUAAGGAUGUUCUGGGGUUCCUGAGGGUGGUGAGGUUUGUCAGGAUCCUGCGUAUCUUCAAGCUGACCCGUCACUUUGUGGGCUUGAGGGUUCUGGGUCACACUUUACGGGCUAGCACCAAUGAGUUCCUCCUCCUCAUCAUCUUCCUCGCCCUCGGAGUUCUCAUCUUCGCCACGAUGAUCUACUACGCCGAACGGAUGGGAGCGGACCCGACCGACCCGCGCGCCAGCGAUCACACGCACUUCAAGAACAUCCCCAUUGGAUUCUGGUGGGCCGUUGUUACCAUGACGACCCUUGGCUACGGCGACAUGUACCCCCAGACGUGGUCGGGUAUGCUUGUUGGAGCGCUGUGCGCCCUGUCGGGUGUACUGACCAUCGCCAUGCCCGUCCCCGUGAUCGUCAACAACUUUGGAAUGUAUUACUCCCUGGCCAUGGCUAAACAAAAGCUACCAAAGAAGAAGAACAAGCAUAUCCCCCGAGCGCCCCAACCAGGAUCACCCAACUACUGUAAGUCCAGCAUCAACUCUCCUCCAACGCCCCACAAAGCACCGCUCCUUCCUGAAAGCCCAAACUUAGUCCACCCCGUUUUGGCUCUGGCUCAAAACAUGGCUCUGACACACGACGACGUCUUUGAAGUAAAGUUUUCAGACGCCCUCCCUCUCCUGUCUCAAUCAGAUUCCAAGCUGAAUGGGGAGGCGGCCAACGCAGCUCUAGCCAAUGAGGACUGUCCUCAUAUAGACCAGGCCAUCUCGCCAGAGGAGAUCUUCAGCCCCAGUGAGAGAGAACGGCCUUGUUGUCUCGUCACCACAGCUGCAGAACGACCCAACCACACAGGGGGUAGAGUCAGGAGGGAGACCACCCAGCGACAGCCUCGGAGCAGACCAGCAGCAUCAGACUCAGUUUGUGUAAUGAACCAUGGUGUUCCCACCACGAUAUGUCUGUCCCAUAAUAAGAGCCCCUCACCGCAACACCAGCCCCCCAUCUGAUAAUACAGUAGCCUUGUUUGGUGUGUGUAUAAAAUUAGCAGUUUUUAACAAAUGGGUGUUACACUGGCAACCUGUACAUCACAAACCAAAUGGCACCUCAUUCCCUAUGUAGGGCACUACUUUUGAACAGGGUUAUUCCCACCUACUGUAUGCAGGCCCUCGGUCAAAAGCAGUGCACUACAUAGGGAAUAGGGUGCCACUUGGUUUUAAGACACGUCCUAACUCAGCAUCGAUAUAGCACAGAGGGACUGUUGUUUUCAAGCCUUAUGUAGCUCAGUAUCUGUGACUGGUAACUGUGCUGUAAUGUGCUGUAAUGAUAUGUGCCUAUUUUUUGGUGUGUUUGUGCCUGUAUAUAUGCUUUUGUGUGCAGAAGUUGUGCUUGUACUGUCAAAUGUUUUUGGCAGUGAUUAUCAAAUAUUUGUGUGCUGCUUCUGUUUAAAAAAAAAACGUGUUUACUUCGAUUACUUCUAUCCAUAGAACUAGAAUGAGAUUCUAGAAUGAUAUUCUAUUUCUAUCCAUAGAACUAGAAUGAGAUUCUAUUUAUAUCCAUAGAGCUAGAAUGAGAUUCUAGAAUGAGAAUCUACUUCUAUCCAUAGAACUAGAAUGAGAUUUUAUUUCUAUCCAUAGAACUAGAAUGAGAUUCUAGAAUGAGAUUCUAUUUCUAUCCAUAGAGCCAGAAUGAGAUUCUAGAAUGAGAUUCUACUUCUAUCCAUAGAACUAGAAUGAGAUUCUAGAAUGAGAUUCUAUUUCACCCCCUUCCCCCAAAAAUGAUCAUCAAGUCUUCGUAUGAGGAUAAUGAGGAUAAUAUUAUUAACAAUAAUGAUAAUAAUAAUAUUAAUAAUAAUGAUAAUAAUAUUAAAAAUAACAAUAACAAUAAUAAUAAGAAGAAGAAGAAGAAGAAUAAUGCUAAUAAUAAUAUAAAUAGUAACAAUAAUGAUAAUUAUAAUAAUAUGAAUAAUAACAGUAAUGAUAAUACUAAUACUAUUAAUAAUAACAAUAACAAUAAUAAUAAUGAGGAUAAUAUUAAUAACAACAAUAAUGAUAAUAAUAAUAUUAUUAACAACAACAAUGAUAAUAAUAAUAUUAUUAACAACAAUAAUAAUAAUGAGGAUAAUAAUAACAACAAUAAUAAUAAUGAGGAUAAUAUUAACAACAAUAAUAGCCUUUUGCACUGGUUGCGCCUGUGAACUUUAACAUUCCUUUCAUUAUAAUUGAAUAUAUCAACGUUAUGAAUGAAAUACUGUAUAACCACAUAGGAGACCAAACACAAUAUAUUAAAUACUGCAUAUCCACAUAGGAGACCAAACACAAUAUAUGAAAUACUGUAUAACCACAUAGGAGACCAAACACAAUAUAUGAAAUACUGCAUAUCCACAUAGGAGACCAAACACAAUAUAUGAAAUACUGUAUAACCACAUAGGAGACCAAACACAAUAUAUGAAAUACUGUAUAACCACAUAGGAGACCAAACACAAUAUAUGAAAUACUGUAUAUCCACGUAAGAGAUCAAACACAAUAUAUGAAAUACUGUAUAUCCACGUAAGAGAUCAAACACAAUAAAUUAAAUACUUCAUGUCCAGAUAAGAGACCAAACACAAUAAAUUAAAUACUUCAUGUCCAGAUAAGAGACCAAACACAAUAAAUGAAAUACUGUAUAUCCACAUAAGAGACCAAACACACUAACGUUCAAUAUCAUCAUUAAUAAAAACACACAGCGAAUUCCUCUUCUGUUGAUCACCAAGCCAAGGCAUUACAACGACCAGAUCUGCUGGUUAAGCAAAUUCCCCUUCAGGGCUAACUUCCUGAUAGAAAAUGCCACACAGAUUUAUGCACAUCAAGUAUCAACAUAAGAUUGCAGUUGAAUAACAUUGAGUACAUCUUAUUCAAUGUCAUGGCUGUAGGAUGAAAAUACCAAAUUAGCUUACAGUAACCCUACCUUUUCAACAGACAAUCAUGUGCAACACACAUCUUUAAAAAAACAUAAAAAAAUACAAAAAACUUUUAGCAUUUGAGGGCACUUAAUAGGUGAACCAACCUAACCUUAAAUCAUAGCCAGAAUAUUGUCACUCAUCGUAGUGGAAAAGUGCCUCUGUUUUACUGAAUCAUCCGUGGGGGGGGGAUUUGUCUUGGCCAACAUCGAUGACCAGUCAGUGUGGUUAUUCAGCUGUCAGUCACGUCAUUGGUCAGUCAUAAUAGAUGAACACCUGAAAGCAACCUGUUCCGCUGUUAGUGUCACAUUCUAAAAAAAACAGGCAGACAAGGCAGUAUAACACCCCCAACAUGCAUAGAUAUGCAAAGGUGAAUAACAUACAAAAAGUUAUAAAAAAAAAAAAAGACUAGUCAUUUGGUUGUAAAAGCAUAAAAUGGGUAAUACUUCGCCUACAGUCUGCAGGGAAAAUGCUUUAUUACUUCUUUAUGAGCAUAUAUGAACUUUCAUAAUGUCUAAUUAUAAGGUUUAUAAUGUCUUAUGUUUCUAUAUGUGUAAUAUGUACAACCCACUCUAAAUGACUUAUUUGGUCACAAUGAGAUGAUAAGACAUUGCUGUUAUAACCACGUCAUAAUGCAUUAUACCUGCAGGCUUUAAGGAUAAGUGUUAUCAACCAAUUUACAUCUUUUGUAAUAUUAAAUACAGUAGUUAUUGUUAUCCAGUGGUUAUUAAGGGACCAACAUUUUUAUGAAAACAACUGCAAACACACUGCCUACUGAUUGACAGCUUACUGAGAUGUCGAUGUACUUCCUGACAGAACACAGCUGGACCAAUGGCUGCCAAUGGAACUCACUGAGCACAAUGGGUGGAAACUAUGGUGUCCAUCAUGGACCAAACAACAGGGUCGUGUUCAUUAGGCAGCAAACGGAAGUAAACAGAGUGAAACGUGGAUGGACUUCACAUUGUCCAAUGAUAAAAAACACAUUUUUGUUUCCGUUGUAAAAUGUUUUGAGACGUUUUCCGUUGCACGCUCUAAUGAAUACGACCCAGCAGUAAUCCUUUAUAACAGAAUCAUUAACACAACAAACAGGCAACUAAUGGUGUUUUGUGACACGGGAACAGUGUGUGUUAGGUUUGAACAACAUACAUGUGCGUAUAGUUAUUUAAUUAAAAACAAACAAGGUGUUCGUUGACCUUCAGUGAUCGUUUCAACAGGUUUGUUGUUUACGGAUUUCUGUGUAUUUUUUUCUGACCAGUUCAGACCAGUUCUGACCAGUUCAGAGUCAGACUUGUACAAUAAAUAGUGAGAAAAAAAUGAAAUAAAAAAAGACAUCAUUAUU